AUGGAGAAUUCGAGGCAAGAAUCCUUCAGAAAGCUGCGUCCAACAUGCGUCGAGCUCAGCGCUGUCGGGCUGGGGUUCCGUGGCCAUCAAGCAACCUCAAACGAUGUUGCCCGAGCCCUCGAGCCACUACACAACACUCUUAAGGAACUAGCCGAUAAGAAUGCCCUUGACGAGAAGCUGGCGGAAUAUGCAUUCUUUCCCCUUUCUCAUAUACUCAACGAGACCCGACGGAUUUCUGCGCGUUGUCUGGAACUAACCGUCAAUUGCUUGCGAAUUCUCGUCGCAAAAGGAUGGCGGCAGCAUCUGUCCCCAAUGAUGGGAAAACAACUCAUCAUACUGCUGACGCUUAUAGUGGGCGGCGUACCGAACAGGCCGAAUGAAAGUCAUGCAGCAAGUGGUCGACCAGAGGAAUUGAUCAUUGCAGGAUUCAAGUGUUUUUCUGCCAUCUUCGACGCCUUGGGCGGCCCCCUCGCGGAGAAGACGGUAUACAAUGAGAUUGGUACCGCAACUAUCGUUGAUCAGACAGUAUACAUCUUGCUCGAAGGUGUCGUGGAUAGCAGAUCUGAUGACUUGUGUCUCGCUGCUGCAGGGGCCCUUCAACGUCUUUAUCGUCGUAUAACUGAUCGAGUUGUGCUGGCAAGCAUUAUGCCGCGCACGGUGUCUGCUUUGACAAAGGUGCUGAAGCCCACGACUCAAAUAAGGCGCUCUUACCGGCUUUCCGUUAUCUGCAUCGAGGUUCUUACGCAUUUAUUGAAGACGGUCUUGAAUGAUCGCGUUGCCAGCACCACAGAAAACCCAGUCCAGCCUGGAACAGGGAACGAUACAAUUGUGCUUGAUGAUUCGUGGUUAAAAGCUACAACUACACAGAUCAAGCUCGCACUCGCUAAUGUGGUCCAGAUAAGGCGCCAUGAGCGGUUAGAAGUACAGGCUGCUCUUCUUGACUUGUGUCUUAUGGUCAUCGAGGACUGUCAAAAUACUCUUCAGGAUUCAAUACCCAUAAUGGCGGAGACCAUUGUCGUCUUGUCAGACAUGGACGAAGAACAGACACCAAAUACUGCAUAUUCAUCACUAAGGCAUCUUGCCACUGUCUAUCCGACGAUCCUUGAUUCCCUCAAAGACUCCCUUAACUCGUGGGUAACGUCUUUUCCACGAACUAUGCAGGGCAACGAUGAAACAGCAAAACAGUGGGGAAUCAAACAGAUUUCGACUGUCUUCCACAUCUUGUCGCAAGUUCAGUCUGGAUCUGAUCUCCUGACAACGGGCUUGACUAGAGGUUUAUGCGACAGCGUUUCUGCCGUCGUUGGACAUACAGCCAACACACUUCACUCAGUCAGCCUGGAUCCAACGAAUAACUUGAGUCUGGAAGUGGCGCAGCGUGACUACAAGUCCAUGACCUUUCCACCCGUUUUGAUGGAGCAUCGAAGCCAGCAACAGACUCUCAUCGACCUGGAUUCUAUGGUUACCAGGCUUAGCCUUUCUGAUUCCGGUAGCGAAAUCACAGGAUCAAUCAUCGGACGGAUGCAUAAUGCGUCAGGGAAUGCUAUACUUGCUCCUUUUUGGUUAUCCUUGACAUUCCUUAAAAACAGCUCGCAGGCCACAACAGCUUUUGAUGACUUUAUAGCAUCUGACUGUGUGGACUUCUCAAUGUCCCCCAACACAAGGUCAAACAUGAUAGAAGAUCUGUAUUACAUCUCAUUGCCUAUAUUGAAUGAGCCGCUGGUUGACGACUCGCGUGAUUGGCGUGUGUCGGCACUAGCUCUAGAAGCAGUCGCACUUCAGGCGAAACAGCUUGGUGAAGCCUUUCGUCCAGAACUCAUGGAUGCCUUAUAUCCCGUCCUCCAACUUUUGGCUUCCAGCAACAGCAAUCUUCAGAACCAUGCCAUGACGUGUCUUAAUAUCCUCACGACCGCCUGCAACUAUGAUGGUACCAGCACCAUGAUUAUUGAAAACGUCGACUAUCUCGUUAAUGCGGUUGGCUUGAAACUGAACACUUUUGAUGUUUCACCAUACCCGCCACAAGUGCUAUUGAUGAUGAUCAAGCUGUGUGGAGCGCGACUAAUUCCCUACCUGGAUGAUUUAAUAGUGUCCAUCUUCGGAAUACUGGAUAUAUAUCACGGAUACCCAAAACUCACGGAAAUGAUGUUCAAAACUCUUGCGGCAAUUGUCGAAGAAGGCGCAAAAACACCUUCAGUUCUGGCUAUCAUGGAAGACGAAAACGAUAAACGUCCUGAUCAUCGCAAGCGCCGAUAUGAGGGGCUCGACGUAUCAACCCUUGUAAAGGACUUUGCUACACGGAAAUCUAAACGGACCAAAUUCCUGGAAGACGAAGCCGGGAAUACGGAAAAAUCCACACAUCCAAAACAGCCAUGGACGUUGGAGUCCGAGAGCCUCAGACAACCAGAGCCUAGCUUAGACUCCGCAGCAGACCUCAUGGAUAAAAUGGAAGGAGAAACGGACGAACCACUCCCAGAAUCCCGUGAACCCGAAGACACCGAAAAGCCUCUGACGAAGUCACACACGCUCCUCCUGAACAUUAUGAAAUCGAUACCGUCCCACCUAUCCUCGCCUUCCCCGUACCUCCGCCAUUCCCUGCUCUCGAUCGUCAUACAAAUUUUCCCCGUCCUCUCACAAAACGAAACCAGCUUCUUACCCCUCAUCAACGACCUAUGGCCAUCUGUAGUCUCGAGAAUUAGCUUUCCAUCUUCCGCUCAAGAUGUGUCAUCUUCGAAUUCGCUCAUGACAAGGGGUGCCCCUGCUGCCUCCGCAGACCGCGCGGAGCAGAGAUCCGACGAGUUCGAAAUCAGAGAAGAGACGUAUGUCAUCACCACUGCCAUUGAAACCGUCCAGGUCAUUUGCAGCACCGCGGGCGACUUCAUGGCAUCCCGGAUCGAAACUGAGUUUCCACGUUGGGAACGUCUCUACCGGCGCGCAUGGGACAAAGUCCGACAGGACGCAGAAAGAGCCCUCGACCGGCGAGCAACUCGUCGGCUACCGAAACCCGCUUCACGUUCUGAACCCUUCUUUAGCUUCGUGCAGUCAUUGGCAUUAGCUACUGCUACCUCAUCGGUUGCCACAGCAAGAAUACCACCAUCCCACACCCGCACAUUCACACCACACCACAGUCUCUGGAGAGCCUUGGCAUCCCUAUUCCUCACCCUCCUCACACACGUCCGCCUCCCUCUUUCGAUGGGCGAUCAGAUAUGCGAGUUCCUCGGUGCUUGGAUAGCGAGUUACGCCGGUCCUGAUUACUAUUUUGCCUUCUAUCGCUCGUCAUCAGGGACAGAAGCCAAGAUUCCGGAGCCCCUGAAGAUUGAGGCUAGGACAGUCGACGACACGAUCCAAACAAUGGAGACUUGGAAUGCUGAUCUGACUUGGUUUAUCUUUCAGCAGGAAAGGGCGCGGGUGCGGGAUGCUGCGGGUAUAAUGAAGACUGGUUUCCAGAAGCGGGAUUAUGUCGCGCCUGGCACACCUUCGUUGUUGGGGGGUCGAUUGAGAUUUGCAGAGGUCGUAUUCUGA